AUAGUAGACUAAUAAGUACAUCCGUGUGUGUAGUGUGUGAUGUGACAGGUCACGAGUUUAUUUCUUCUCAACCGACAACACUGACGUCACACAUGCGUUGUUGUUGUCACUGCAAAGUAUUUCCUAACCAUGUGAACAGGUAGCAGAAUGUCUCAUACAGUGAAGCCGGAAGUUGAAGUUUGCGAAAGUGAAAUACAUCGCUCGGAACUGUAUGAGAAAUGCAACAAAAACCCGGGCCAUUUGAAAUUCAUAUCUCCAGAAACUUUUAACCUGGAUUGUCUGCCCUCAGUCUACCGUGACCAGGAAGUUUUAAACUUCGUCAACGCUCUAUCGGAUUUAACUGUACUGAUUAGCCUCAACGUCACCAGCGAAAGUCGGCCUAAGUUCUACCCAAACACCAAAGUCCCGUUCCCAUAUUAUGACGUCAGAGGGGGUAACAGAUUACGUUUCGGAACGGGACAAAUCUGGAUGGUCAAGAAGAAGCAGAAAAAAGUUGCGAUCAACGGGGGCAAAGGUUUCGGAAGGUUCUUAAACCGUAGAGUCAGUUACGGUGUCAUCACAGUAGUGACAGCGGCGCAUCUAGUCUAUGACAACGCGGAGGCGGAGUCGGUUGUAUGUCACCUUAACUACGACUCUGCUGAUGAAAUGUUAUCCGACAUCGCCAGCCUGCAAGGCGUGGGCAUAGUCGGUGCCAACGCGACGCGAGACAAAUGCGUCCUAAAAUGUGUCACCUACGACCUGGCCCUAGUAGACAAGCUCAUGACGUCAUUUGCAAAGUACAAGUCUCUCUGCCGUAGCGUCCACGCAAAGUACUCUCAGUUUAGAGAAAGCAAGAAGCUGACUGUUGUCGUGUCCCACCCUCACGGACAGUCCAAGAAGAUCAGCGUCGGACACUGGACCAAGCGGCAUCUGAUGGACGAAGAAAAUGAGAACUUGACCUCUUACAGCUACACAGCUUGCACCUGCCCAGGCAGCAGCGGCGCUCCGGUCUACACUUUUGGUGGCGAAGGAAAAUGGUUUCUGUCUACACAUCUUCACAUGGGUGUCACUGACAAAGGCAAUCAAAGCUGCUUCUGUUGGGAAUAAAAGAUCUAACUUUAUUUAAAAACACAGAUUUAAAAAAAAAUUGUUAUUAAGCUAUCGAUACGAAACUUUAGGUUGGCACGUAUCGCAAUAUAAAUGAUAAAACAUUAUAAUUGUUAGGUCAUAUAUUUUAGGGAAUACUUAUCAAAAAAAGAUUAUUACAUAACUUAGCCAAAUAACCUCAUUGAAAGGAUUAUACAAUAAUAAAAUUGAAUGUUUAAUAACCAAAAAGAAAUUAGAUCUAGAGCCACACUAAUCACAUCACAAGCGUCCUUGUUUUCAUCUCUAAUCAUCGGCCAUCUUUGACUUCCUCUAUCUUCUCGUGUCCCUGUCCUGUGUCUCAUGGUGCACAGUCUCGCACCUAAUGAAAGUGCGCAACUUAGAGUCAUAAUAUGCAAAUGUUAUCCACAACACUUUCUGCAUUAUUUAGAACCAUGAUUAAACCACUUGGCCACGAGGAAGUAAGCCAAGUAAAGUUGGCACGCCACAUGGCAACUCUAAUCAUGUUUUUGUAGUAUCACCCUUUAUGGUAAAGUUGUUAUAUUUUACUUACGUAUUUAGUUAUCCACUUUGUGACACCUAUUUUUAG